AUGGCCUACACCUCCUCCCUCCACCUCUCCAAGCACCUCCUCCUCCCCAAGCCCAACCGCGCCAGGCCUUCCUCCUCCAGGUCGCCGUCCUUCGUCCGGGCGGCCAGGGUCGUCGACGGCGCCCCGCACGUCAACGGGCACUCCAAGAAAGCGCACAACGGCAAGGUACAGAUCAACGGCGCCGGCGCCGACGGCAAGAAAGGGGCCAUCAACGGCCACGGCGUCGUUAACGGCAAGACGCACGUGAACGGCCAUGACCGGAUCCACCUGUCGGUGACCACGGGCGGCGGGGGCCAGGACGGGACGGGCCUCCGCGUGGCGUACCAGGGCGCGCCGGGCGCGUACAGCGAGUUCGCGGCCAAGACGGCGCUGCCCGGGUGCGAGACCGUGCCGUGCCGUGCCUUCGCGGACGCACUGGCGGCCGUGGACCGCGGCCUGGUCGACCGGGCGAUCCUCCCCGUGGAGUCCACCAUGGAGGGCACCGCGCUGCGGAACUACGACCUCCUGCUGCGGCACGACCUGGUGGUGGCGCAGGAGAUCAACCUCUUCGUGCACUACUGCCUCCUCGCCAUGCCCGGGGUGCGCGCCACCGAGGUGCGCCGGGUCAUCAGCCACCCCAUGGCGCUCGCGCACUGCGGCCGCGCCCUCGCGCGCCUCGGCGUUGACCGCGAGCCGGUCGAGGACACGGCCGGCGCCGUCGAGAUGCUGCGCUCCAACAUGAUGCUCGACACGGCCGCCAUCGCCAGCCCGCGCGCCGCCGACCUCUACGGCCUCGACGUCCUCGCGCACGGCCUGCAGGACGAGUCCUGGAACGUCACCCGCUUCCUGCUGCUCUCCAAGCCGCCGUCGCCGGUGGCGGUCCCCGUGGACGCGGACGCCAAGACCAGCAUGGUGGUCGCGCACCGGGGCGGGUCCAUGGCGGUGGUGCUCAAGGUGCUCUCCGCCUUCUCCUCCCGCAACAUCAACAUGUCCAAGCUGGAGGUCAUCAACAACGAAGCGGGCGUCGGCGAGCCGCGGCCCCCGGUGAUGAUCCUGGACACGGGCGCCCGCGGUGCGCCGACGCUGCGCGCGUUCCCGCACGUCCUCUACGUCGACUGCGAGGGUGCCGCCGACGACCCGCUCGUCCGCGAGGCCAUCAAGGAGAUCGAGAAAUUCGCCGUGUUCGUCCGAGUUCUUGGCUGCUACGCCGCGGACACCAACGUCUACGAUCUGCAAUGA